UCGUGAUGACUAAAUUACGAAAGUUUCAGCCUUUUCAGUUUCGCGCAGGGAUUAGGAAUCUUGAAAACCUAAUUGAGUUUCCUUUUCUAUAAGUAAGCGAGCUUUGAUCCUUUCUAGUAGAGAUCUAAAUCAGUCAAUUUUCAGGGAAACGAGAAAACCCUAAUAUCCGAAAUUCGACUCUUAAAUCGCCAUGGCUAAUAUCUCGUUCAAGCUGGAACACCCACUGGAAAGGAGACAAAUUGAAGCUUCUCGUAUCAGGGAGAAGUAUCCAGACAGAGUUCCAGUGAUUGUAGAGAGAGCUGAGAGAAGUGAUGUCCCAAAUAUCGACAAGAAAAAGUACCUUGUUCCUGCUGAGCUAACUGUGGGACAAUUCGUGUAUGUUGUCCGUAAAAGAAUCAAGCUGAGUGCCGAAAAGGCAAUCUUUGUCUUUGUGAAGAACACAUUGCCCCCAACUGCUGCAUUGAUGUCUGCAAUCUAUGAUGAGAACAAAGAUGAAGAUGGGUUUCUGUACAUGACUUACAGUGGAGAGAACACUUUUGGUUUGGUCUAAAUCUGUCUAUGAUGGAUUGGCGGUACCUUCAGCUUUCAUCAAGGGUGAAGAAGGGUGUUUCUGGCAGAUUAGCUGAGAAGAUUGGAGAAAAAGAGUGAAAAUGGCCAAGGAAACGGGUAAGAGAUGACUAGAAGACUGAAUAUGAAUACUGUAUAGUUUCCUUAGUCACUUUGACUCUUCAUCUUCACUCUUCUAGCAGUUCUACUAGAAAUCCUCUUUUUCUUCCUUAUGAAAGCUAAAGGUAUCGCCAACUUAUCAGUAUACCUAUGGUGUUUCAUGUAUAUAUGGUUUUCUCUUUAUGACUAUGAAUCUUGAGAAGUUCUUUAUGCUGCUUUGGACUGAUUAUAAUGUAAAUGUUGCUUUCUAUAGUUUGGGUUUUACUUA